AUGUAUGAUAAGAAUUUCGGAGGAUAUCGAGUGUUUAUUGGUGACUUAGGCUCGCGAACGUCGAAAUAUGAGCUAGAACGACAAUUUGAUUAUUACGGCCCCCUUUUCGAUUGUUGGGUGGCAAGAAACCCACCAGGUUUCGCCUUUGUCGUUUAUAAACAUGCUGAGGAUGCUGACAGGGCUGUGAGAGAAUUAGAUGGCAGAGCUAUAUGUGGUCGUCGUGUGCGCGUUGAGCAUGCUCGACCAUCAGGCGGUAAAAAGCCUCCACCGACAUUUGCAAAUCGAUUUAAUCAACGUUCACCACGUAAUAACAGAUCUCCAUCAAAAGAACGUGAUAGCAAACGAAGUCGUACAAGAUCUGGAUCACGCUCUCGUGACAAAACUGGUGAAAAAGCAAAAAAGAGAUCGUCACAUCGUCGUUCAAGAUCACAUUCAAAAAAAGUAAAACGAAGUAAACAACAACGAGGUUCAUCUACAAGAACACGCUCUCGCUCAGCAGAAAAGCGAUCAAGGCGACAUAGCAGUGAAUCAUCUCGUGACCGCUCAAGAAGUCGUAAUAAACGACGAUCAUCUGAUGAAGAGAAAAAGGUGAGCAAACGUCGAACACGUAGUCCAAGUGGUAAUGGAGAACAAGACGUGAAAUCACCACCGGUCAAAGAUGAAAGUGAUAAUGAAGAACGUCGUGGUGAUAAUGAAGUUGAUGAUGAACAUUCCGAAGCAAACAAAAAACCAUUAAAAAAACAGAAGAGACGUUCAUCAUCAGAUAUUAGUGGUGAACGAGAAUCUGCUGAUGAAAAUGAUAUUCAUAUGAAUAAUGAUAAUGAACCACAUACAGACGAAGAAGAACAUAAUGAACGAUCUCGAUCACCUUAG